AUGGGUAAGGGACAGCCAAGAGGUCUCAACGCCGCGCGCAAGCUGCGCAACACUCGCCGUGAGGGCCGUUGGGCCGAUCUCCACUACAAGAAGCGUCUUCUCGGAACCGCCUACAAGUCCUCUCCCUUCGGUGGCUCUUCCCACGCCAAGGGCAUAGUCCUCGAGAAGGUCGGUGUUGAGGCCAAGCAGCCCAACUCUGCUAUCCGAAAGUGCGUCAGGGUUCAGUUGAUCAAGAACGGAAAGAAGGUCACUGCUUUCGUCCCCAAUGACGGUUGCUUGAACUUCGUCGAUGAGAACGACGAGGUCCUCCUCGCUGGUUUCGGUCGCAAGGGCAAGGCCAAGGGUGAUAUUCCCGGUGUCCGUUUCAAGGUCGUCAAGGUUUCCGGUGUUGGUCUCUCCGCUCUGUGGAAGGAGAAGAAGGAGAAGCCCCGAUCAUAG